AUAGAUGCAAACAUCAUAGCAAACAAUAAGAGCAUAUAUAAACAAAUGUCUUGGUUUUUCAUUUUGUAUUACACUUUUGUGAGCCAAAGUAAUCAAGUCGUUGCGAAGAAUUCUAUGUCAAACACAGUCACUUUGUAAAUUAAAAAAAAAAAAAAACAGGUAAGUCUGAUACAACAAAUAAUCGAAUAUGAGUCCAGCACAGAAAGAUACUGAUGCGACUGCCGGCAAGUCCACCGAGGAGAUGGAUACAUCAUCAACUGUUGUGUUGAAUAAGUCCGGAUCCAUUGAAUCUAGUGAUGGCCACAACACAAGCGGUGCCAGCACCAAUAAAAAGUCGGCCAAAAAAAAGAAAUCAUCCAAAGUAAAAAAAGAUCCAAACAAGCCGGAAUAUCCAAAAGUUGGAUAUGUGCGAUAUAUGAACGUUCGUCGAGAAGAGUUGCGUAAAGAGUCUCCUGAUAUGCAUCAUUUAGAAGUGACCAAGAAAAUCGGCGAAGAAUGGAUGACGCUGAGUGAUGACAAGAAACAACCAUAUUUGGAUGCGGCCAAACAAGAUAAAAUCAGAUACAAAUUGGAAAUGAAAGCUUACAACAAGAAAAUGAGAAAAGCCGAACGAGAAAGUGCAUCACCUUCAAAGGGUAAGAAAAAGUCAUCAAAAGCUGCAAAAGAUGCCGAUACAUCUGUGUCAACAGUUGACGAGAGUCCAAAGAAAAAGAAGAAAAAAACCACGGCAUCAACGAGUGAAAAUCAAGCAAAUGACAUUGAUUCGGAGUCAUCACAAAAAUCAAAAGCCCAGAAUGUCUUGAAGAAGACUGAGCCACAGCCGGCUACAUCAUCAAUUUCAUUGAUGAACACUCCACCGCCUACACCGCCUCAAAUCGACGGUAACGGUACACCGAUUUUCGGUUCAAUUCCAAUUUUCACCGACAAAUUUCUCGAACACAAUCGUCAAAUGGAAACCGAAUUGAAAAAAAUUCGCAAAAUGAACACCGACUAUGAACAACAGAAUGCCGUAUUGGAAAAACAUGUGGAAAAUGUUCGAACCGGUAUUGAUAAAACGAACGAUGAAAUUACGGAAUUUCAAAAACAAAACGAAAAACUUGAAACCUAUUUGAAUACAUUACGUCAACGAUUGGCAACACAACUACGAAAUCUCUCGAUUCCCGGCGAACCAAACGGGGCAAACAUUGAAAAUAUCGACAAAUAUAUGAAUGAUCUGUUUGAAAUGGCAAAAGACAAUUCACAUGGUCCGGCGUCAUUGAAUAAAGCCAAAGAUCUGUUACGCAAAGUUGAUCUCAAUGUCGAUUUAAAAGCAUUUCAUAAAGACUAGGUUACAUUGUACAUUUUUAAUAUUAUGUUAGGUUAAGCGAAUUUACAUUAGUAAAACAUUCUGAAUCAGCUUGCCACAGCUAAUGAAUAGUUAA